UCUUAUGCCGUCCGUACUAUUAUCUCAGGAUGGGAUCCUGAAUUUAAUGCGAUUACUGGUCUUAAUGGGUCUGGAAAGUCAAACAUUUUGGAUGCGAUCUGUUUCGUAUUGGGUAUUACAAACUUAAGCCAGGUGGGUGGUAAACACAUUGAUAACAAUUUUCAAUAUUUGAUCUAUAAACGUGGUCAAACCGGGGUUAAUAAGGCUUCAGUUACUAUCGUUUUUAAUAAUGAAGAUAGAGAAAAUAGUCCUAUCAUUUUGGGCGGCCAAAGCAAAUACAUCGUCAACGGCCAUCGGGCCCAACAAAAUGUGGUUCAAAACUUAUUCCAAUCAGUUCAACUCAAUAUUAAUAAUCCUCAUUUUUUGAUCAUGCAAGGGAAAAUAACCAAAGUUCUUAAUAUGAAGCCUCCAGAAAUUUUAGCAAUGAUCGAAGAAGCUGCAGGGACGCGUAUGUUUGAAGAGAGAAAAGAAAAAGCGCUGAAGACAAUUGCAAAGAAAGAAAAAAAACUCGAAGAAAUUACAGAGGCGAAAGAAAUUGGGCCAAAGUUAGAUAAAUUAAGAACAGAGAAAAGAUCAUAUUUAGAAUUUCAGAAAACAGAAUCCGAUAUUGAACGACUGACGCGAUUGGUUGUUGCAUACGAAUAUACAAAACAUCAGGAAAAACUCGAUAGAUCAGGCGCCGAUUUCGAAGCAAAAAAAGUUAAAGUUCAAGAAUUACUGGAAUUUAAUGAAAAAUUAAAAGACGAAAUCGCAUAUCUAGAAGAAGAUAUUAGGCAAACGACCUUAAAUAAAGAAAAGGCAAAAAAUAGCAUAACAGAAUAUUCCAAUCAAAUAGUUAGAAUUAAUACAAAAUGCGAACUUAAUAAAACGUCUAUUACAGAAGAAAGAAAAAACAAGGACACACUGUUGUCUGUAAAAGCUGAGAAAAGGAGGAAUUAUGAAAAAUUACAAGUAAAAUUUGAUCAAAUAAAAAAAACUCACGAUGAGAAAAGUGAAAAAGUUCGAAAAGCAGAAGAACUCUUACAAACAUUGUCUACAGGAGUUUCAGCACAAGAGGGACAUGAGAAUGGGUAUAUGGAACAACUUCAAGAGGCGAAAAAUAAUGCUACUCAAGCGAAGACUGAAUUAGAGCAAGCAAAAUUAAAAAUAUCUCAUCUCGAAAAAGAGUUAAAAGAAAAGGAGCCACAGGCUCAAAAGGCACAAAAAGAUGGCAGAGAACUACUUAGUUCCUUAGAGUCUGCCAAAAAAACAGCACAAGACUUGAAUGAUCUGUUAAAAAAGAAGCUAAUCGAAGAGAAAACCAUUCAAGACAUUACAGAAAAAUGUGAAUCUCUGUCUUCACAAUUGUCGAAUUUAGAAUUCAUUUAUUCUAAACCGACACCAGAUUUCGAUCGAAGUACAGUUAAAGGUCUAAUCGCGGAGUUGAUUAGCGUUGACCCUAAAUAUGCAAAUUGUUCUACCGCUUUGGAAAUUUGUGCAGGAGGAAGAUUAUACAAU